GCCUGGUUUGUCUGAGCCUGCUUCCCGUGACUGCCUCUGCUCUCCCUUCCCUUCCAGGUAUGUUGAGCCACGGCUUCCCCCAAGGCCAUCGCUGGCCUUUGCCUGCCGCCGUUCCCUGUUGUCACCUUGUCCUUCCCGUGGUCUCCAGGCUCUUUAGGAUGAGCUGCAGUGGGUGAUACCAAGCGAGGGCCUGGGAGGCGGAGGACCAGAGGAUGGGAUUCCCCCUCCUGUCGCUGUGGCAACCGUUGGGAAGGGAAGCAGCGAUGGGGUGCGAUGGGCGGCUGUGCGUGGCCGUGGAGGGGUGUGAUGGGGAGGCUGCGGAGGCAGGGCUGCGCUGACAUCACGCCGGGGAGGUGGCGCAGAGGGAAGGGGAGUGGGAAAGGGAGAGCCAGGGAGACUGCGGAGGGAAGAGAGCUGCAUCGGGAGUGGGCUCCGGGGAGAGGUCGAUCCCCAUUACCUGAUGGUGCUCGUCUCUGCCCUGUGGUCUGGCAGCAUCCCACCCCGAAGGGCUGCUCCUUCCCAGACCCUCAGCCCGUGGCCACGGACCCGUCUGGCUGGAUCCCAACCUGCCACCAUCGCUUUAGAGUGGAGCGACCCGAGCGUGUCAGGGAGGCGGAGAUGGCGGGGACGGAUGGGGAAGAAGACGAGGCGGCGUGGCGUGGCGUAUCGGCACGGCAUGGCACGGCACGGCAUGGCACGGCACGGCGUGCCACGGCAUGGCCGCUGGCUUGGCAGCAAGGGGAGCGCAGGGGUGGGGACAGGGCUGUGUUUCCCCUUGGUGGAGGCAGGCGAAGGUGGAGUUAUCCCUUUGUUCGUCCUGGAGAGCUGGUCAGACAGGAAUUGGAGUAGCAGUGGGGUGCAGCAGGCAAGCGGCUCCGGUGGCCUGGUCCCGGUCCCGGUCCCGGUCCCGGUCCUGCCCGCUCAUGUGGGGACCCUGAUGGAUCCGGCUGCCAACCUUGGGGCCGAGGGCAGGGCUGGGCGGGGGGCAUCGAGGGGAUCUGAUGGUCUGAUCCUGGCCCGGUGAAGAUGUGUCAAGUGGGCCACCUCGAUCCCAGCAGCCACCAAAGGGUCCUCAUGAAAACGGGCCUCAUCCUCCUCAUCAUCGGGCACCUCAACUUCAUCACCGGCGCCCUCGUCCACGGCACCGUCCUCCGCUUCGUGGUCGACCCCCGGGACGCCAUCUCCCUGCAGUACGCCGUCGCCAACGCCGCCUCCGUCAUCUCCGCGCUGCUGACCAUCUCCUGCGGAAUAGCUGCCCUCGUGCUGUCCCGCUGCCUCGCCCCCGCCACCCUCAAAUGGGCGGUUUUUGCCCUGAGUGCCAGCAGCAGCCUGGGCUGCCUGUCCUGCCUGCUGGGGCUGGCCGUCUCCAUCGGGCUGACGCUGGGCAGCCAGGGCCGGGCACUGCUGGCCCCCUGCACCAUCGCCGACGUCGCCCUUGCCCCGGUCUCACGCGAGUGCCCCUUCGAUCCCACCCGUGUCUACAGCUCCACACUGUCCCUCUGGGCUAUCUCCCUCCUGCUCGACUUGAUGGAGAUCAUCUUUGGCAUCCGCUGCCUCCUGCUCACCCUCGACCUCCUUCGCCUCCGCUGCUGCUGCGGCAGGGCGCACCGGAGAAAGGUCUCCUUGCGGGCAGACCCUGCGGAGAACCCCGACCCCGGGCAGUGCCUGGGCUUGCUGAGGCUGGACAGCGUGGAAACUGCCCGGCUCUGAGCAGGACCCAAGGGCUGAUGCCGUGGAUGUGCCCGGGCCAGCCCUGCCCCAUCCCAGCACCCGCACAGCCCCACGUUGGCACCUGGCUGCUCCCCAGCCCGGCUAUGGGGCAGACACGUCCCCUGGACGCCACCAGCCAAGACACGUGAGCCCAUCCCCAUGGCCUCAGGUCGCCUGGGGCUGCAGCGAGGAAGGCGACUGGGCUGGAUCCGGACCCUGCGGGGAGGAACUUUCCCCUCGGCGUCGAUGGCCCCUUUCCCACCACUGACUGCACUGA